GAGCGUUUCUGGCGAUCAUACACUUCCUAUCAUUCUCAACAGGGUCUGUUGGUUCUUUAGAAAUAAUGUUGAUGCUUUGCAAUAUAAACGAAUCGCCUUGGACCUCAGAGCGUGCACUGUUCGUCUGAACCUUUUGGUACGGACUUUCAUGGACAGGCCUGAACUUGGCAAUCACGUCCGCAGCUUCGAAGUCAAAGGAACAUGGCCACCAUCAGUCACAUAAUCUCACCAAGUCAGAAUAAACUACCGUAAUUUGCUGUACUUGGCUAGAAGGGGAGCUGAUCCUAACAAAGGGUCACCAGAGCGUUGGCUGAUGGGGCUGAUGCAUGGGCUGGUAGACCCAUGGAUGGUCCUCUUGCUUUCCUACACGAAUCAGGUGGUAUCGUUGGCCCCUGGUUUAGGCCUUCAAUCUAUACAGAGUCCUCGACAUCCCGCACCCAGCCAGCCGCGGAUGGAAAGUGUCAUUACGGGUCUGACAUGUCUCACUAAAGUGGAUUUUUCGACAAUUCAUGUCGAUGACGUAUCAGCAGACAGUCAAUCCUUAAGGUCACUCUACCAUUUCCAUUCACCCAAUUCAUACACGGUCCAUUCGUGGAACUCGAUUGAACUCGCUACAUUGUUUGCGCUUCCUCGUGUAUCUUGGGCUCGGAUCCAUGUCUGGGAGAGGACGAUGUUGGGUUCUUUCGACUUCAGCAAAUACGAAGCUCUCAAGCUCAAGACGCUUCACCUGAUUGUUUGUUUCGUACAUGCAAGAUUUAUAGGUCCACUGUUUGAGAAGACACCAGACUUAGAGUCGCUACAUAUCAACCUUCUCCUCGAUCCUAGCGAUAAUUGCCGCCUUGCACGGCGGAUCAAUUGUGUCGAAUUGACUGCAUCUUUGUCGAAAUUAACAAAUCGACCACUGCAGGUGCCACUUUCUGCUACAGUACAGCUUUAUAGCAAUCUUAGGAACUUGACUAUCGUGACUAAGGUUCAGACGUCUGCUUCUGCAACGCAUCACGCAUUCACCCUGAAUGAAUCCAGGAAUGGCUUGGUUGACUGGGGAGUGGAAGCAUCCGUAGUGUCUUUGGAAUUCCUUGAUCGCCUGGAAUUCUUAGAGAUUGAGAUGGCGUGCUUGUUCGGCUGGGACAGAAGCGGAGCGCGCCCGAUAUGUGAAAUCGUCCCCGACUCUCUCAAAGUUCUCAAACUGACUUCAGCUCUUGGUGCCCUGAGUUUACCUGUUUCAUUCUCCGGGUUUUACCAGUGGGACAAAGAGGGCCUCCUUAAUUACUUCCGCUUCUAUCCUGACUCACAUAAAAGGUGUAACAUAGAAGAAAUCAUCUUGCAUGAAAAACUCCAGUGUCCGUUGGACUCUCUACAACGCGAUCAAAUACACACGGUCAGACUUUCCUCGCUUUUAAACUCUUCUGGAGUAGCUCUUCGGAUACAGUCACUAUGACUAUCGUCUUGGUAACACAGCUCAGAUGGGAGGUCGAGACUCGCCGCCACGAGAUACCCAUCGAACUCUCCACCAGCAAGAUGCCGUCAGCAAGCUACACAUCUUUUCAACAAUCAUUAUCGACGAGUACGCUAACGAAACGUGA